AAAGGGCGAGAGGAUCCUCCCGCAGCCCAGGCAGCCUGCGGAUUCUGACUCCUGCUUUCUGACAUCUGUCUCCUCUUGGGCUUUGAGGAAAGUGCUCCUAAUUUCCACACUGAUUGAUCAACCUUGAAGAAUCUGAGGAGAUGCAAGCUGGAAAAAGAACUUAAACCAGGCCUGCGGAGCGAUGCGACAGGCGUGAUGGAGGUCGAGUCCUCCUACUCGGACUUCAUCUCCUGUGACCGCACGGGCCGCCGGAAUGCAGUCCCCGAUAUCCAGGGCGACUCGGAGGCUGUGAGCGUGAGGAAGCUGGCUGGAGCCAUGGGCGAACUGGCCCUCGAGGGCACAGCAGGCCAGGGGGAGGUGAGCACCGCAGACAAGGAGGCCAGCAGCCAGCCCCAGAGCAGCGACGGCACCGCUUCAGCUUGAGCCUGACCCUGACCUUGUCCAAGGAGGCUGGAAGAGAGAACCGCUGUCCCUCCCAGAACAGGAGCCCUGGCUGGCAGCCUCCUCUCUGAGCCCCAUGCCCCAGGCCAGACUGAGCGACCCCUGAGGCCUCUGGGGUCCCCCCCCCCGGGGGACGCCCUCUGGCGGUAGCCCCAGGCUCCGCCUUCCCAGCACCUCCUCACUGAGCCCAGGUACGCUCCCCAGACACUGCCGCCCCAGGAUGUCACUCAGUGGGUGCCCUGUUCAGGGGCUGGGCCUGCCCCCGCCCUCCCAGAGUGCCCUCUUGUGGAUGGUUUGGGCAGGGACCUCUUCCCAACACCACCCCCCCUCUGGAGCUCCAACCAGGUCCACACCUUCUCCCUUUUUUAAAAAAACACUUUUAACCUUUUUAAAACCUUCAAACCUUUUUCAGCAGACUGGGUGGGUACUGACCGUGGAUUCACUUUUGUAAAGCCUUUUUAAGCUAAACUCCGCCAUCCACGCAGCCCCGAGGCCCCUGGGAGCCUCACAAGCCCAUUUUCAGGGAAAGGAUUUUGGCUCAAAACCACAUGCGUUUGUCUUGACCCCUCUGCCCACAUCAGUGAUGCUCAGGCCCCAGGAAAUAAACGCUGGUGUCCGUGUGA